GAGAUCGCUUGUAAACAGAAAACAAAACUUUCUUGUUUUCCUCUGAGCAACAUGUCUGACAGCGACGAGGAGAUGGACCAAGAAAACCCGCAAAACGCGGGUACUACUGAGGAUGAAAUGGAUCGCGAGAGCGAGGAUAGCAGCAGCGAAGACGACGAAUUCGAAAAGCAGGACAGGAUGGUCGCCGAGUUGAAGAAGGGCAUUUCCAAGAAUUCCUUCAAUUACGACCUGCACGUACAGCUGAUAGACAUGCUGCAGAAAAUGGGCGAACUGGAUAAGCUUCGUGAGGCUCGCGAGCAGAUGAGCAAAAUAUUUCCUCUCACUGAAGAUCUGUGGCUCUCAUGGCUGCGGGACGAGAUUAAGUUGGUGGCUAGCGAGGCUGACAGACAGAAAGUCACCCAACUCUUUGAAAGGGCAGUCAAGGACUAUCUUUCUGUUGAAAUAUGGUUGGAGUGGGCGCAGUUCAACAUCGGAGCUAUGGCCAAAGAGGGAGGUCUGGAAGCGGUUCGAGCCCUUUUUGACAGGGCCCUGACCGCUGUGGGUUUACACACAAGCAAGGGUGCCAUGCUGUGGGAAGCGUAUCGUGAAUUCGAGGCCAUCAUUCUGGGCAGCUUUGAGCCUCAGCCAGGCAGUGUGCCUUCGACAGAGCAGAUGGAGCGGCAGAGAGCUCAGCGUGAACGGAUCCAGAAUUUGUUCAAGAGACAGUUGUCAGUGCCCUUGCUGGACAUGGAGGCCACCAGGGAGGAGCUCAGAGACUGGGCCAUUGCUGACGAGGAGGCCACUGCACUCUACGGCUAUGAAAAGGCACUGGCAAAAUUGAAGCAGCUCUCACCCUUUGAGGAAAAUCUGCUGAAGAAGGUUGGGGACGAUCUAUUAGCUGAGUACAGGGCGUAUAUUAAUCAUGAGAAACAUGAACCAGCCAGAGUUCAGAUUUUGUAUGAAAGAGCUGUGUCUCAGUUUGCUCUGAAUGCAGAUCUCUGGCUAGAAUACAUCAAAUACAUAGAGACAACUCUCAGAAUAAAAGAAGUGACUCUCCCUGUGAUAGAGAGAGCCUUGAGGAAUGUGCCCUGGGAUGGUCGCUUGUGGGUUGCAUCUCUGCGGGCUGGGGAGCGUUAUGGUCGAGAACACCUGGACAUGCAGUCAAGUCUCGAGACUGCCUUGGUGGCCGGUCUUAGCUCAGCCGAGGACUACAGAUCCGUUUGGGAGGCUUACCUAGACUACCUCAGACGCAGAGUGCCCUGGGACGAUCGGGAGCAGAAAGAUCUCAUUAAAACUAGAGUAGAUGAAAUUCGUCACUGUAGCACAAGAGCGUGCGAACACCUGGCCGAGAUGUUUGGAGUGGAUGGUGACCCUCAAUGCAGCAUCCUGAGGGCAUGGGCGCGUUGUGAAGCCGCGAGGGUCGGAAACCUAGAAAAGUCGAGAAAACUUUGGACUGACAUCAUGUCCAUAGACCACAUGAACCAUGCAGCAGCUUAUUGGCUUGAAUACAUUCACAUGGAAAGGGCGUGUGGAGAUGAAAAACAUUUGAGAAAACUAUUUGCCCGCGCCUUGAAUUCUGCAAAGGACUGGCCCGAAGGUAUUGCAGAGGCUUGGGUCUCGUAUGAAAGGGAACAAGGGUGUCUGGAGUCGUUUGAAUUUUGCUUGGAAAAAGUUGAUGAGAGAAUGGAGCGACUGAAAAUUCAAAGAGCAAAGGAGCGAGAGAAGUUGGAUGCCAGAUCACAAAGGGACAAUAAACUGAAGAGAAAAAGGGAUAAAGAUCAACCACAGCACAAACAGCAGCACACCAAGGUGGAGUUCAAAAAGCCUGAGCCUGAAUUUAAAAAGCCUUCACCUUUCAUUGCCCCUAAAUCUGGCAAGUCCAAAGUUGCUCCCCCUCCUGGCUACAAACCUGAAGAUAGGGAUAGCCCUGAGGAUAAGAAAUCAAAAGCCUCCUUUGAUGUCAAUAAUAUUAUCAACAAGCCUGUUGAGCAUGAUUCGAGCAAAGACAAUCGCACAGUUUUCAUCAGCAAUUUGAGUUUUGACGCAAGUGAGGACGACAUCAAAACCCUUUUGGGCACCGGUGUAGUGGAAGUGAGAUUGGCUCGAGACUUCAAGGGUCGGUCAAAGGGCUUUGGCUAUGUUGAGUUCAAAUGCCCAGAGGAUGCUGGAGAGGCCCUUUUAAAAGACCGAGAGAUGGUGGCUGGCCGACCGGUUUUCAUCUCAAAGUGUGACCCUGACAAUAUGACUAGACAGAAGCAGUUCCGUUACAGUCAGGGCAUGGAGAAGAACAAACUCUUCAUCAAAGGUCUGCCGUUUACUUCAACAAAGGAGGAUUUAGAAAAACGUUUUAGUGAAUUCGGCGCCCUGAAAGACGUCCGACUUGUUACCUACAGAAACGGCCACUUCAAGGGUCUAGCAUAUGUGGAAUUUGAGGAUGAGACAGCAGCAGCUCAUGCACUCCUGAAGACUGACGGCCUCGAGCUGGAAGGCAAACCAAUUAGUGUUGCCAUCAGCAGGCCGCCAGAAAGGAAACAGACCUCAUUGAUGGACGUGCCGAGUUUGGGCGGCCGGCCAAGAGACGCAAGUCGACCUCAGAGAUCAUCUGACGGUUUCAUGCCCAGAGCACUUAGACUUGCAGUACCGUCAACCUCAGGAAACACUGAGGCUGCGACACCUACCAAUGGCGCCGCCAAGCCUGCGGAGAAAAAGACUAACGACUUCUUCCGCUCGAUGUUUGCCGGUGGAAAGUGAUUCGUUACUAAAGCUGGACGUUUUCUUAAAAGCCUAGCAAAGGAGAAAAAAUGCUUUGCUUUUUAUAAUUUGUUUUCAAAUCAAAUUGUAGCAUUUUGAUGUUGGUUAUGUGCGCAUGAAAUGGAUAUGCAAAGUUGUACAUGAAUAUAUUAUUACCUGUAAAAUCAAUAUUAAAGUGAUAGUUCUCUGAUUUAA